AUGGGAAAAGACACGUUUGAAGACAGGGAUGCAAAGAACACAACCCUGGAUGUACUGUACAAGGUUCCAGAAUCCAGAAUCCAGACCAUUCCUGAGGACCGCGUUGAUCCUGCCCAAGACGCCUACAAAAAGGAUUUGAACCACCAAACCAAACCUCAUGUGGAAGCCAAGGCGACAGCUGCCAGUGCUGCCGUUGCCAAGGCCCCGUAA